ACCACCAUUUUUCUUUUGACCCAAACCUUUUAGUUUUAUAAAUUUUAAAUUUAAUCUUAAUUCAAUCGAGGAGGAGAGAGAGAUAGUAACAAAGGAAACCGCCGUCGCCGGAUCUGGCAGUGUCCCCAUAGACGAAAGAACUACUUUCCGAUCUCAGUAAAGGAGUUUCUGUUUAUAAGAUUCCCCCCCCCUCUCUGUCGUGCGGUUUCUGGAUUGAGGAUUUAAACGGAAAAAAAAAACAUGAGGAAGAAGCUCGAUACUCGCUUCCCAGCUGCUCGUAUUAAAAAGAUUAUGCAAGCUGAUGAGGAUGUUGGCAAGAUUGCUUUGGCAGUUCCUGUCUUAGUCUCAAAAUCGUUGGAGUUGUUCUUGCAAGACCUCUGCGAUCGUACAUAUGAGAUUACCCUCGAGAGAGGAGCCAAGACCGUGAGCUCGCUGCACCUAAAGCAUUGUGUGGAAAGAUAUAACGUGUUUGAUUUCCUGAGGGAAGUUGUGAGCAAGGUGCCUGACUAUGGCCAAGCGCAAGGGCAGGGCCAUGGGACUGGUGAUGUUGCCAUGGAUGAUCGCACCAUCUCCAAGAGAAGGAAGCCGAUUAGUGACGAAGUGAAUGACAGCGACGAGGAAAAUAAGAAAAGCAAAACACAAGAGGUGGGGAAUGCUAAGCCGAGUGGCAGGGGUGGUAGAGGGAGAGGACGAGGAAGAGGCCGCGGUGGACGAGCUGCCAAAGCAGCCGAAAGAGAGAAUCGGAACCGCGAGAUGGAUCUCGAGACCGCCAUGGCGGAACAGCCACCUCCUCAAGACAGUUCCCAGAUGCAUGUGUCAGUGUCAUCACCCCAAGAGAACGAGAAGAAGGAUGCCGAUGGCGGCAUUGCAGCAUCAAACGAAGACGCCAAGCAACAACUCCAAAGUCCCAAAGAAGGCAUCGACUUUGAUCUCAACGCUGAAUCUCUCGACCUGAACGAGACCAAACCGGCGCCUGUCGCAGCGGCGGACGCAGCUACGACCUCAGAUGAAUAUCCUGGCUGGCCUAUGGAGUUGGGCAAAAUCGAUCCAACACAGUUAGCAAGUUUGGGUAAGAGAAUAGACGAGGACGAGGAAGAUUAUGACGAAGAAGGCUAAGGACAAAGCGCACAAGUAGGACAUAAAUAGAGUAGCAGCAUUUAGCAGUUUGUCUAGAAAAAUGCUUCUCCUGUUAUCAAAGUUUCUUCCUGUUUCAGUUUAUUGUAUGAACCAAAGACUGUAACUUAAUUUAUUUCUUCUGGUAUGUUA